AUGUCACCAUACUUUAGAACUGGAUUAAUACAUCAAGAAUUUGAUGAUGAUUUAAUAAAAUUAAAUAUCUCUAAUGAUAAUUUACUUGAUGGUAAAGAAAUUGAGCCUGAUUUACAAAUAAUUCAACAACGAAUUCAAGAUAUAAUAAGAAUUCUCAAUGAUUUUGGGAACCUUGGAGAUCAUAAACGAGGAAGAUCUUCCUAUGUGGAACAACUUAUUAAAGACAUGUCAAUAUAUUAUGGAUAUUCUGAGUUCUUGAUGGAGAAAUUAUUUCAUCUAUUCUCAACAUCAGAAGCUAUUGAGUUUUUUGAGGCAAAUGAAGUACCUAGACCAGUGACGAUUCGAGCAAAUACAUUACGUACACGUCGUAGAGAUUUAGCUCAAGCUUUAAUUAAUCGUGGUGUUAAUUUAGAGCCUAUAGGAAAAUGGACAAAAGUUGGAUUAACAAUUUACGAUUCAUCUGUACCAAUCGGGGCGACACCAGAAUAUCUUGCAGGUCAUUACAUGUUACAGGCAGCAUCAUCUUUCUUACCUGUUAUGGCAUUGGCACCUCAAGAAAAUGAAAAAAUACUUGAUAUGGCAUCGGCACCAGGUGGAAAAACAUCAUACAUGUCAGCAUUAAUGAAAAAUACAGGAAUAAUAUUUGCUAAUGAUUCAAACAAGGAUCGAAUAAAAUCUUUGGUAGCAAAUAUACAUCGUUUAGGAGUAAAAAAUGCUAUUGUAUGUAAUUACGAUGGACGUGAAUUUCCUACUGUUAUGGGUGGAUUUGAUAGAGUAUUAUUAGAUGCGCCUUGUAGUGGUACAGGUGUUAUAUCAAAAGAUCCAUCAAUUAAAAUUAACAAGACUAGUAAAGAUUUCACAAAAUUAUCUCAUUUACAAAAGCAACUUAUAUUAUCAGCAAUUGAUUCAGUUGAUGCUAAAUCACCUACAGGUGGAUACAUUGUAUAUUCUACUUGUUCAGUAACAACAGAUGAAAAUGAAAAUGUGGUGAAUUAUGCUUUAAGGAAAAGGCCGAAUGUCAAAUUAGUUCCAACUGGUUUGGAUUUUGGUAAAGAAGGUUUUAUAAGGUGA